GUGUGUAGUACUUGAGGAUCCCAUGAAAUGUGUGGAUAAAAGUGACUUGUUUAUGAACAUGUGCCAAACAUAAGCUAAGCACUUUUUUCUGGAAUCUACUCUCCUUCAGAAAAGCAAUCUCUGUUGUUUCACUUGGGUUGAAAGGAACUUGACUGGCAACCUAUGCUACAAAAUAUUAUCCCACUUAGUUUGUCUCCCAUGUUAAUGAAAUGUGGAAUGCAAUCUCAAAUAUUUCACCUAGGUUGAAAAUAACGGGACUCCAGCAGGCUAUGCUACAAGUAGUGUCCCACUGAGUUUGUCCCUUUAUUUUGGGAUGUCCCACAAUAAAUGUCACUGUUUCAGAAAGUAGACUAAUCCAUUUUUUGGAUAUGAACCUUUUGUAAUUAUAACCACAAAACUAAGAUGGGAAAAACUGUCUUAUUAAUUGACUCUUCUAUGUGCUAUUGCUCUCUUUCACCUAUGCCUCCCACCAAUGUGUUGCCUGCAGUAUAUGGUCGUAGAAAAUAAAAUGAACACCUGUGGGGAAAGCAUUUGAAAGUCUAGUUGGCGAAUUGAGAAGGGAAGUUAUAACAGUAGACGGAGAUUCCCUCCAAGAUGGUGAACGUUGGAUGAGAGAAGGCUGUUGUGUCACUCCUGUAGGGCACCUAAACACAAUGGCAGCCAGAUAUAUCCAUACUUUUUUUUUUUUUAAGUUUGGGGAAUGGGGGCACAUGGGGAAUGUUUAGUUGAUUGGCCCCGAGAUACUGCAUGAAUCUGAAUUAAUGUACAAGGAAAAAGCUUGAUUCUGUAUAUCAAUAGUUAAAUCCUUCAAAAAGUUAUUGAGUUUGCUCUCUGCAUAAGAUCCAGAUUCAGAUAAAAAGGUGAUUUGAGGAAUCAAAACAAAUUGUAAUUUUAGAUUUAUUAUCAUAUAAUUGAUGUCCACUAAUAUCUAUUGGAUAUAAUUCUUAAACUUCUACGUGGCUUAGCAAAAUUUUAAAUGACCUCGAAUAUUUGAUGUAGAAUGCGCCUCGGAGGAAAAGCCACUUUUGGCACGACCAAUUAAUAGUGUGCGUGUAUGUAGAUGUGUAAAUUUCUUCCUCAUAAAUGCUCAUUCUAAAUUAAUGGUUCAUUUUCUAAUAUCCUCAUUCUUUGCUUGUAUGCAUGAUUCCAUUUCAGUGACCACAGGCUUUUGAUUGAGUAUAUACCAUCGUUAUUUGUUUUUAUAUAUCUUCUAUUGGCAGGAGGCCCUCCACCAUGGAGGAAAUUCUUACAAUUGAGAUUAAGGCCGGGUGGAAGAAGGGAACAAAAAUAACUUUUCCGGAGAAGGGAAAUGAAAUGCGAGGUUAUAUACCUUCAGACCUAGUUUUCAUCAUCGAUGAGAAGCCUCACGGCAUUUUCAAGAGGGAUGGGAAUGAUCUAAUUGUCACCCAGAAAAUCUCUCUGGUCGAAGCUCUGACAGGAUACACAGCACAAGUGACAACACUUGAUGGAAGGAAUCUAACAAUACCUAUCAAUUCCAUCGUUAGUCCCACCUAUGAAGAAGUCGUCAAAGGGGAAGGGAUGCCCAUCCCAAAGGAGCCCGGCAAAAAGGGUAACUUACGAAUCAAGUUCAACAUUAAGUUCCCUACCAGGCUUACUUCAGAGCAGAAAACGGGCAUUAAGCGAUUGUUGACAUCUUCAUGAAGACUACUCUCUUGCAAUACUCAAGUAAGCUUGGAUUUGUUUUCUGUCGUUUGUCUUUGUUAUGGGAUAGAAAUUGCAUGGGGGAUGAUCCAGGUUCUUGGCAUUAUUUUAAAUGUUUAUUUAUUUUAUACAUCUCUCUCUCUCUCUCGAAAACGCUGAUAAUCCUUUUCUCAUCGUGCUUGCUUGUGUCAAAAUUUUAUUGCUCGACAAUCAUGAGGCGAUUGACACCUCGCAUUCUACCGAAUUUAUUCUUGCGUUACUGAUGAAAAGAGGGAUUUCUUGGUUUA